GCUGUUAUUCUUAAGCGUCUAGAAAUGGUAUCGAUGACAUCUGAUUACAUGAUGUAAGUAUACAGAGUGCCCAACGUCUAACGUCCAAGUUCGCCACAGUCCAUGUUGACAGGUCAAUAUUGCAACAGCAUUCAAUGUUAUGCAUGCCCGUAUGUCAUCUUGCCGUACUUACUUCGUCCGAUAUCAACACAGGCUACCGUGUCCAAGGUCCAUCCAUGGCCCUUCUUCCUGGAAAUCGAUUUCCGUCAGAGAUUGACACUGCAGACAAUUACCGUAGAACAAAUGGAUGACUAGACAAUGGCCGGGCGCUCAGGCUGCCACAGGAUAAAAUGGAUCAGAACCUGACAACCACAAACCAGUAACUCUGCUACACAAUAGUUCCUUAUCUUCGUCAUCAUGUCUGGCAUAUUACAGCUCCUGCGACGCUCGAGAGGCCGCACUUCCGCUCAAUCCACUCAUCAUGAGUGCGAAACUUCCGCCCCUCCAUCGUAUUUAUCUGCCUGCGAAGAGAAAGCUCUCGUUGACCCUAUUUCGCCACCAGCUCCUUCUACUCGUAGGCCGGAAAUCGAUAAUUUCCGUCGUCCAGAUUUUACAUCAUACUGCCGUCCCCUGAAAUUUGGCCCAGAUGGAAUGGGCGAUUCCUCCGCCACAUAUGUGAACAUCGCCGCUGAUAGAGCUUCUGGCUCCAAUGCUAGCGGUGCUCAGGAAAUAACGGAAGACGAACUGGCAACUCUGAGGAGGUAUGAUACUGUCAUCCUUCUCGAUGAUUCUACGUCCAUGGGUUGCGGGAACCGCUGGGGCGAGGCAAAGCAUGCUCUUUCGAAAUUAGCUGAUGUCGCAGUGAAGUACGAUAAGGACGGCAUUGAUAUACAUUUCCUCAAUUGUAGGAAGACAGGCAAGAAUUUGAAGAGUGCGCGGGCUGUAGAACAGUGUUUUAUGGGCGUUGGCCUCUCCGGAAGUACCCCAAUUGGAGCCAGACUCAAUGACCUCAUACGUGCAUAUUGGAAUGACCUGGAAAAGGCACGAGCAGAGGCAGGCAAGUCUAAAAGAGAUUUGAUUGACUACAUCAAGCCCAUGAACUAUAUUGUCAUUACGGACGGAUGCCCUACUGACGCACCCGAAGAUGUCAUUGUGUACUAUGCUCAGAAACUGGACCAAUACGACUAUCCCCUUGACCAGAUUGGAGUCCAGUUGAUACAAAUUGGGAAUAGCAACAGCGCAGCUACAUACCUUGCUAAAUUGGAUGACAGCCUUGCUCAGACAUACAAGAUUAGGGACAUGGUCGACACGACAAGUUGUAAUUCCACAAAGGGAUAUUUGACGUCGGACACUAUCGUCAAGUCGCUUUUGGGCGGGAUCAAUCGCAGGGUGGAUCGCAGCGGACGGAAUUGAUCGUAUAGUAUUUCCCGUGCCCCUUAUGACUUCUCUCUAAGAAUACCAUAGUUCCUCCAGUUUUUUUGCCACCGACCUAUAUUCUUUGUAUACGUAAAUAUGUAAACUGUUAGGUUAUCUGGAAAUAUAAGAUAUAUGUCAUACAU